ACCGUGCAAUAUGGUUCCUAGGUUGUGAUUAUAAUCAUUUAAUCUCUUAUUUUUAUUAAUCAAAUCAGUAAGAUUUAUCAGGAUUUUUGUUUAUUUACAUUUAUUUUUAUUUAGAGUCAUAUAUUAAGUUUAUAUGAAUGAUACUUUAUUGGGAAAAAAUGCUUUAAAAAGUGACAAAUAGACCUGGGAAACGUAUUUUUGUGUUUGUUUAGUGAUGGCUAAUCAUUACGAAGUCCCAAACUGGGCUGGAAAGCCACCGGUAGGUUUGCACUUAGAUGUGUUGAAGAAUGACAAGUUGAUCCAGAAAUUGAUGGUUGAUGAGAAAAAAUGCUAUCUUUUUGGAAGAAAUCAACAAUUGAAUGACUUUUGUAUUGAUCACGCUUCAUGUUCUCGUGUUCAUGCUGCGUUGGUUUAUCACAAACAUCUAAAUCGAGCAUUUCUGGUGGAUCUAGGGAGCACACAUGGGACAUUUAUAGGAAGUAUGAGAUUAGAAGCACAGAAACCUACACAACUACCAAUAGAUAGUACAUUUCAUUUUGGUGCUUCUACUCGGUAUUAUAUUAUUAGAGAGAGACCACAAACUGGUGCAAGGACAAUAAUGGAAGAAUUGGAAAAAUCAUCUGAUGAUAUUGAUGCAGGUGGUUUAUUAGGAUUACCAGAGACUGAAACAGAGCUUGAUAAUUUGACGGAAUUCAAUACAGCUCACAAUCGAAGGAUAUCUAUGCUCGGAAUUACAGAUGAUGACGUCCAUAAAUCAAACAGAAAAAGAAAGAAAAAAGGAAUAACAUUCAAUGACGAUGAAGAAGUAAUAAAUCCUGAAGAUGUUGAUCCUUCUGUCGGAAGGUUUCGUAAUCUUGUUCAAACUACUGUUGUUCCUAGCAAACGAAUGAGAUUAGAAGGAGGACUUAUAUCUCUCUCAGAUGAUACAAACCACCAUUUGAAACAUCUUCAACCUACCCUAACUUCAAACCACUUAUAUCAUGAUCUACCUCCUGAACAAUUUACAAGUUCUUCAAUGAUCAGUAAUAAUCCUUUCUCAGCAGCUAUAACCUCAGUAACUUCUCGUCUCGGAAUUGCUUUACCUAAUCCAGCUCCUGAUGUCGAAAUGGCUCCGAAUCAAAUGCAAACCGAUGUGCCUCCAAUUCCUGAAAUUCCAGUACCUACAGAAUCACAUUCACUAGAACCGAAGAAGAAAAAAUACGCCAAAGAAGCGUGGCCAGGGAAAAAACCAUUACCAACUCUAUUAGUAUAAAUUUAAGGAUGCAAGAAUUUUACAUUUUUUCUCGAAAUGAAUUAACUGUAAAUGAAUCAUAUGUAAAUAUUAUCAUUUGAAUUUAAUAAUAAAAUAAUGCAUUAUUAUAACAGAA